CGACAGGCACCUGUCCACAACCGGCAACGUCAACAUCCAUAGGAAACUAUGGCCUCCACACUGUCUGUGCGCAGUCACUCAGUGCGUCAGCCGUCCUUCUCCACCAUGUCCGUGCGGGACAGCGGCCGCAGCCUCCGCUCCAAGGCCCCCAUGUCCUCCCUGUCCACUGUCAGUAAUCUGUCCCGCUCCGUCUCUAUGGGCAACGGGCUCAACAUGCUGAGCUCGUUCAACGGACUGGGUGUAGGCGCCAGUGAAAAAGAAACUAUGCAGGGCCUCAAUGACCGACUGGCCAACUACCUGGACAAAGUGCGCUCGCUGGAGAGGUCCAACGCCGAGCUGGAGGUGAAGAUCAAGCAGCUGAUGAUGGAGAGAUCGCCGAAGGGGCACGAUAUCGAGGGGAUGAUGGCCCAGGCUCAUGCCAUCGGACAGGAGGUGAGAAAGAAGACCCUGGAGAACGCUCGGAUCAUGUUGGAGAUCGAUAACGCCAAACUGGCUGCAGACGACUUUAGGGUCAAGUGGGAGGCCGAGGCCACUCUGUGUCAGUCUGUGGAGAGAGACUGUCAGGCUUUGAAAAGAGCCAAAUCUGAUCACGACCAGAUCAUUGCGACGCUGCGUGGAGACCUGGACAGCCUGAAGGAGGAGCUCUACUUUCUCAAGAAGAAUCACGAUGAGGAGAUGAGUUCUCUGAAGCUGCGCCUGGCGAAUGAGCAGGUGAAUGUGGAGGUGGAUGCAGCCGCUGGUCCAGAUCUGGGCGGGAUCUUGGCUGAACUCAGGGUCCAGUACGAGGGCAUCGCUCGAAAGAACAAGGAGGAAGCUGAGGCCUGGUACCUCAAGAAGCUGGACGCAGUUCAGUCGGAGGUGAAGGAGAGUAACGAGGCCCUGCGCUGUGCCCAAACCGAGCUGAGCGAGAGGAGACGCUUCCUGCAGGCUCUGGAGGUGGAGCUCGACAGUCUGAGGAAACAGGUGAAUGUUCUGGAGGGGAACCUGGCAGAGACGGAUCAUAAAUACUCAGUGGAGAUGGACAGACUCCAGGCCACACUGACACAACUGGAGGACGAACUGUCUCAGCUGCGCCUGGACAUGCAACGCAACAAGACCGACUACGAACAACUACUGCGCAUCAAACAGAACCUGGAGAUGGAGAUCGCCACCUACAGGAGGCUUCUGGAGGGAGAGGAGAUAGUCAAAGAACCUCCUCCACCUCCUAAAAAAGAUCCAGAUGUGCGCACGAGGAAGAUAGUUAAAGUCGUCACUCAAACCAUGAUCAAUGGGAAGGUGGUGGACGAGUCGAGCGAAGUGGAGCAGAUCGAAGAACGCAAGAAAUAAGCCAUAUGUUUCAGCCGGUGGGGGUGGUUUUGGUUUAUCGUUUUCUUGUUUAUUUUAAAGAUUGAUAUGCUUUUAAAUUUAAACACCUUUGCCAAAAUGUACUUAAAUAUUUCACAAUACCAAACUGUAGUUGCUAUUUGUAAACAGUUCAUACCUUCCAGUGUGUACAUAAGGAAAUUGUUUGUCUGUUAUGUAUUUCUUAAAUAUUUUCCUCUUGUGUCAACACUUCUUCCAUUCCUGGACUUUUAGAAUUUGUUUAUAAACUAUUGUGUUGAAGGCUGU